CGCCGGAGGUGGCGGAUCCAAGAUGGCGCCGUGCGGACGUGUCCGGAGCCGCUGCCCGGGCCCGGCGCUGCUUCUGCUGCUGGCGCUGGCGGCGCGGCCGGGGGCGCCCGGCCCUGCUGCCGGCCUUCCCGGUCCCGGCGGUGCUCAGCCCGGAGCGGGGCAGCCGGCGGGGCCGGGCGCGGCUGCCCCGCGGAGUGCCCGCGGCGGCGGGUCGGGCAGCGGGUGGAAGCUGUCGGAGGAGGCGGUGUGUCGGGAAGACGUGGUGCGGCUCUGCUCCAAGCACAGCUGGGCCAACAACCUCGCCGUGCUCGAGUGCCUGCAGGAUGUCCGCGAGCCAGAUAAUGAAAUCUCUUCAGACUGCAAUCAUCUCUUAUGGAACUACAAGCUGAACCUGACUACAGAUCCAAAGUUUGAAUCUGUGGCCAGAGAAGUCUGCAAGUCCACUAUUGCUGAGAUAAAGGAGUGUGCAGAUGAACCAGUUGGUAAAGGGUUCUUGGUGUCAUGUUUGGUGGAUCACAGAGGCAACAUCACUGAGUACCAGUGCCAUCAGUACAUCACUAAAAUGACAGCCAUUAUCUUCAGUGAUUAUCGGUUGAUCUGUGGCUUCAUGGACGACUGCAAAGCUGACAUCAAUCUCCUGAAAUGUGGCAGCAUUCGACCUGGAGAAAAGGAUGCUCACUCACAGGGAGAGGUGGUGGCAUGCCUGGAAAAAGGCCUGGUAAAAGAGGCAGAGGAGACUGAUCCUCGAAUCCAGGUUUCUGAUCAGUGUAAGAAAGCAAUUCUUCGUGUAGCUGAGCUCUCUUCUGAUGACUUCCACCUGGACCGGCAUCUCUACUUUGCGUGCCGCGAUGACAGAGAGCGAUUCUGUGAAAAUACUCAGGCUGGGGAAGGCCGAGUAUACAAGUGCCUCUUUAAUCACAAGUUUGAAGAAUCAAUGAGUGAAAAGUGUCGUGAUGCUCUGACAACCCGCCAGAAGCUCAUUGCCCAGGACUACAAAGUCAGUUACUCGCUGGCCAAGUCCUGUAAAAGCGACCUGAAGAAAUACCGCUGCAACGUGGAGAACCUGCCCCGCUCGCGGGAAGCCCGGCUCUCCUAUCUGCUCAUGUGCUUGGAGUCUGCUGUGCACAGAGGUCGACAAGUGAGCAGUGAGUGCCAGGGUGAGAUGCUGGAUUACCGGCGCAUGCUGAUGGAAGACUUCUCGCUGAGCCCAGAGAUCAUCCUGAGCUGCCGCGGGGAGAUCGAGCACCACUGCUCCGGCCUGCACCGCAAGGGCCGCACGCUGCACUGCCUGAUGAAGGUCGUCCGGGGCGAGAAGGGCAACGUCGGCCUCAACUGUCAGCAGGCACUUCAGACCCUGAUUCAGGAAACAGACCCCGGUGCCGAUUAUCGCAUCGACCGCGCGCUGAACGAGGCCUGCGAGUCAGUGAUACAGACAGCCUGCAAGCACAUACGGUCUGGAGACCCCAUGAUUCUGUCUUGCCUGAUGGAGCACUUGUAUACUGAGAAAAUGGUAGAAGACUGUGAGCAUAGGCUCCUGGAGCUCCAGUAUUUUAUAUCUCGUGACUGGAAGUUGGACACAGUCCUUUACCGCAAGUGUCAGGGGGAUGCCUCCCGCCUCUGCCAUACCCAUGGCUGGAAUGAGACCAGUGAGCUGAUGCCUCCAGGGGCUGUUUUCUCCUGCUUGUACAGGCAUGCAUACCGCACAGAGGAGCAGGGAAGGAGGCUAUCACGAGAGUGUAGAGCAGAGGUGCAGAGAAUCCUCCAUCAGCGAGCCAUGGAUGUGAAGCUGGACCCAGCCCUCCAGGACAAGUGCAUGAUUGACUUGGGAAAGUGGUGCAGUGAAAAAACAGAGACAGGGCAGGAGCUGGAAUGCCUUCAGGACCAUCUUGAUGACUUGGUGUCUGAUUGCAGAGACAUAGUGGGAAACCUCACUGAGCUGGAGUCUGAGGACAUUCAAAUUGAAGCCUUGCUGAUGAGAGCAUGUGAGCCCAUUAUCCAGACAUUCUGUCAUGAGGUUGCAGAUAACCAGAUUGAUUCUGGGGACCUGAUGGAGUGUCUAAUACAGAACAAACACCAGAAGGAAAUGAAUGAAAAAUGUGCAAUUGGUGUUACUCAUUUCCAGCUGGUUCAAAUGAAAGAUUUUAGGUUUUCGUACAAGUUCAAAAUGGCUUGCAAGGAGGAUGUGCUGAAACUGUGCCCCAACAUCAAAAAAAAGGUGGAUGUGGUGAUCUGUCUGAGCACAACUGUGCGCAAUGAUACUUUGCAGGAUGCCAAGGAGCACAGGGUCUCUCUGAAGUGCCGCAAACAGCUGCGUGUUGAGGAGCUGGAGAUGACUGAGGAUAUCAGACUUGAACCAGAACUGUAUGAGGCUUGUAAAAGUGACAUCAAGAAUUACUGCCAGAAUGUGCCCUAUGGCAAUGCUCAGAUUAUUGAAUGCCUGAAAGAAAUCAAGAAGCAAUUGAGUACACGCUGCCACCAGAAGGUGUUUAAACUGCAGGAGACAGAGAUGAUGGACCCAGAACUGGACUACACACUCAUGAGGGUCUGCAAGCAGAUGAUCAAGCGGUUUUGUCCAGAGGCGGAUUCAAAAAACAUGUUGCAGUGUUUGAAACAAAACAAGAACAGUGAAGUGAUGGAUCCUAAAUGCAAGCAGAUGAUUACCAAGCGCCAGAUUACACAGAACACAGAUUACCGCUUAAACCCCGUGCUCAGGAAGGCAUGCAAAGCAGACAUACCAAAAUUCUGCCAAAAUAUCCUGAACAGGGCCAAGGAUGAUACGGAGUUGGAAGGUCAAGUCAUCUCAUGCCUGAAGUUGAAAUACGCAGAUCAGCGUCUCUCUCCAGACUGCGAGGACCAAAUUCGAGUGAUAAUCCAGGAAUCAGCCCUUGAUUAUCGGCUGGAUCCCCAGCUUCAGAUGCACUGUUCUGAUGAGAUUUCCAGCUUGUGUGCAGAAGAAGCAGCAGCUCAGGAGCAGACUGGGCAGGUGGAAGAAUGUCUGAAAGUGAAUCUUCUGAAAAUAAAAACUGAGAUGUGCAAGAAGGAAGUGCUCAACAUGUUGAAGGAAAGCAAAGCAGAUAUCUUUGUUGACCCAGUGCUCCACACAGCCUGUGCCCUAGACAUCAAACACCACUGUGCCGCCAUCCCACCAGGGAGAGGACGCCAAAUGUCAUGCUUAAUGGAAGCUCUGGAAGAUAAGCGUGUGAGGUUGCAGCCUGAAUGCAAGAAACGCCUUAAUGAUCGUAUUGAAAUGUGGAGCUAUGCUGCAAAGGUUGCCCCAGCAGAAGGUUUUUCUGACCUUGCCAUGCAAGUUAUGACCUCUCCAUCCAAGAAUUACAUCCUGUCUGUGAUCACAGUUGGCAUCUGUGUACUCUUCCUCAUCGGCCUGAUGUGUGGACGCAUCACCAAGCGGGUGACAAGAGAGCUCAAGGACAGGUAGAGCCUGGAUUGCCUGCUGAAGAAAUGCCUGCCCAGUGCCCAGUUUUGUACAGCCCUCCUCUGUAUAGUCUACCCACCCCUCUUGUGAGAGGAGAAUUAAAAAAAAAAAAAUUUAAAAAAAAAAAAAAAAUUAGAAAAGCAGCAGGUGUUGGCUCAGUUUUCCCAUCCUGGAUCUCAUCCAUGGCAUCUUCAUCCUAUGAAAGUUUGUGUGCAACACUGGCAGCCCAGCCAGCAGCUUUUGUUACCCCUUUGUUAGCAGACUCUCGUUUACCUGCCUGUAGACAAGUCUCUGUUGUACUGUUGGAACUGCCUUCACUCUCCAAAUCAGACUGAUAUGACCUGCAGCUCAGCAGUUUUUAAGUAAAUUUUUAAAGACAGACAUAUUCUGCAUACCGACUGUAUGAUUUAGGUAAUGGUUCAUACUGAAAUCUAGUCAUCCUCUGUGGCUGGGUGAAGUUGAGGCAGGAAAUUAAAGGGUAAAUUGCAUCUUACACCACAGCUGGCCUUGUUUUGGACAUCUUGCUCGUCUGUGUAAAGCAUCUUCAGAGCAUAGUCUUGGACAACCUAAGGACACCAAUCACUGGUGUCAUCUCCUAGUGAAUAUCCUGCUUAUGUGACUGUGGAUUUUUUUGGCUGAAAAGAUGUUCUUCCUCUGCUGCUCGCAAGAUAGAAUAAAAUGCUGACCAGGAUUGAAUACUCAUGUGAGCUAUACAACUUGUGUUUCAGUAGAUUAAAGACACGAUGUAGACACGAGGUAUGUAGAGCCUGUCAGUAGUGAACAGUGUCAGUGGGCAGGAAGUGCUGUGAGCAGUUACUCAGUCAACUUUAUUAGCAAUGAUGCAGUAAAAUUCUAACACUCCUUUUUUUUUUACCUUGCUACUGCUAAGCUGUUACCCUCCCAAAUUAACUGUGUGCAGAUGGUACUGACACACUGGCAGUUCAGUGCUCUGUCAGUGAUGCAGAAAGCACCAGAACACCCAACAUGCUCUCUCUCUGUGUAACGGUUACUCAUGGAUUAGCACAGUGGUUUGUAACCACACUCUGGGUCUUAAUGGUUUUCAUCUCCACAACUACAAUUGAUGGUGAUAACACCUGGCAUUUUCCUGGGGUGUAGGACACGGGUGCUUGUCCUGCCAAGCAGAAGUGGAUGGAAGAAUGAUAGUGUGGUAUGAAAGGCAGAAACAUCUGGAUCUUUAAGGAAAGUAGCUUUUGCAUAGUUACCAUCAAUAUGUGCAUUUGUGCUAUGUAUAGUUAUACUUCCGGAGCCCAGAGAAGGUGUUUUGGAAAAGCUGCACCAGCAGUUGUGGCCUCUUCUUACCAUCAUCUGUGUUCCUCAAGUACAAGGAGGUGUGGAGCUCAUGAGACAGGUGCUUUGACUGAAACAUGGGGUGUGUUGAUGAAAUCUAGAAGAGCCUGCCUGAGAGUCAAUGUGUACAGGAGGAUAUGUUUUAUUCACCUUUAGGACGUGCUUACCUAUGGGUGUUGUGGUAAAAACCACAUGCCUGAAACUGUCCAACUUAGGCUGAUGCUUGAACCAUAUCUUUAUUUUCCCACUUAGCACACUGCUAUGUAAGACCUGGCAUUUCCAGUUCUCCCCAUUGUUUUCUAGAAGAACAGUGGAGAUGGUUUUGACACACUCUGGAAUGUGGACCAGCUGAUUUUGGUGAUGCUGUAUACACAGAAUGGCGUAUACAAAAUAUGUGAGCUUUUGCUAUGACUUUUUGCUGAAGCUUUUUUCAAACAUACCUUCAUCCGGCUCUGAGGAUGGUGGCAGACUUGUAUGGGUUCAGACUUGCUAUGCUAGUGAGUCUCAAACACUUCUGGUUUUGUAGUAAAGUACUGUGAACACAAACAAGCAGCAGUGAAAGCCUGAGUGAUGAAGUUUCAGUGGAGAGCUAGUGUAUGGUAGGAUUGCAGUUAAGUGGUGAGAUAAAACUGAAUUUAAGCCUGAAUUCCUUCUCUUGCCCCUCCUCCCUGGUGCUAAGGGAGCUUGCCUGGCUGUCUGUCAGCAUGAAGUGGAGCAGAAGAGAAACAGUUAAUCGUGUUUCUUGAGGUAGCACAGGUGUAUAACUCCACAAAUAUUAGUUUGGCAAUUUUAAGUGUGUGUUGUAUCACUUGAGUGAGUGUUGAAAUGACUGCUGUCAAGAUGGGUGUGCUCACAGAGCUGCCAGCAAGGGAAGUGGGAUCUCGGUGCAGCCUUGCUUGCUGGCAUGAGUCCUGCUUCUCCAAAAUGUCUAUAUGGAGUAAUUAAAUUGCCAUUGGAGGGCUUUUUUUAAACUGUUGUGACUUUUUGAAAAGGCAUUUUGUAACUUGAUUAGCUUGAAAAGCCUAAUUAGAUGGUUUAUUGUCUAGAAAUAGCAUCUUCCACUAAAUUCCAAAAGACAUUGCAGUGAAAAUUGUAGGUUUGUGGCCAUAGUUCCAAGUGUAAACCCUGUUCAACUCUGAAGGUGACUUUCUUUACUUUCAGAUAUAAGGCUUUCUGUAUUUUUUAAAAAUCCAGAAAGCCUUAUACUGAAAGUAUAGAUAGUCACCUUCCUUUAAAAGGAAAUUUUUUCCUUUUAAAUUUGGAGGAGGUUAUGGUAAGGGUGCCUGAAGCAUGGCAUUAGGAGUCCAUGCUGUACAGUGGUAUUAGUCUGUGGUUGGUGGUGUCUCUGCCUGUGUCAGGCUCACAGUUUGUGUGAGUGUGCUGUGAUGGUGUUAGAGGUGUGUGGCCCAAAGUCUUUGGAAGAAAAAGUAGGAUACUAAAUAAACCUUUUGUCACAGUAGACACAGACCCACCUUUUAAAGUUUGGCAAGGGGUCCAGGCCAUUUUAUCAUUGAGUAUAUUAUUUUUUCAUGUUUUAAAUAGGGGUCUUCUACCACUGGUGAUGACCAAAUCUGCUUUUUUCCCAACUAAAAAUUUACCAGUCACAGUCUUGAAAUAUUCUCCUCCUUUUCAUGCAUACCUAAAAAUCUAGAGGUUUUGCAAGCACAGAAACCCACAGGAGCACUCUUCCAAAAAUAGCCUGGUUGUGCUGUUGCCAACACAUCAUCUUGCCUGCAGGUAAUCAUUUUCCACUGCAGGGAAAGAAAGAAAGAAAGAAUCAUAGAGUCAUAGAACAGUUUUGAGUUGGAAGAGACCUUAAUGCUCAUCUCAUUCUAAGCUCUGCCUUGGGCAGAGCACCUUCCACACUAGACCAGAGUACUCAGAGUCCCAUCCAGUCUGGUCUUGAACACACCAGGAAUGGGGAGUCUGCAACCUCUCUGAGCAACCUGUGCCAUUGUCUCAGCACCCUUGUAGGAAGCUGUGAGCAGUGGUUGUAAGAAACACUGCUGUUGCCUUGAAUUUGAGAAAGCCUUUUUAACUUCUCUGUUUAACGGAGUUUUAGCAGUAGCUGCAGUCAGCCAGGACAAGUGGGUUAGUGUGGAAGAGCCUGUGGUAGUCUUCCCUCUUUAUGACCCUUACCUCUUACUGGAGAAAUCUGCCUUCCACUGAAUGCAGUUCAGGAGAUGGUUGUUGGUUGGGUUUGUUUUUUUUUCCUCCAGAUCAUCAUAAAACCUUCUCUUGGAGAGCUUAUUCUAAACUUGAUGAUGCUGGUGCUCAGGGCAUGGAUGGAAGAGCUGGAUGUUUGUGAUCUGGCAAGGCAUGCAGCUCUCCCAUCUGCUUCCUGCUGCUGCUGUGAGGGUUAACAAGGCUUCCUAAAUGAUGGCAUGUGUGUGUGCACAUGUCAGGAACUGUGCAUGAUGUGCACCUCUACACUCCUGCUAGCCUGUUACAGUUCAUUCUCAUUCACAGUAAUAAGCUUAUUUAUUGUUUACCUAGUGAGUCUAAUCGAGCCCUUUUGAGAGUUUCAUCUUGGGAUUCUCCUGCCUCACUUUUGUCAUUAGGCUGCUGGAGUAACUCAUCUGGAUGGGAACAAAAUUCCUGGCACCUGAGGUACUGCCCACCAGAUUGGGUUGAGUAUCCGUGUGUCUGUGUCACUGCAAAGGGCUGGAAAGACCCUAGUGAAGGUUGAAUAAAUCUGUAGCAAAAUAUUAGCAUUUCCUCCAGAAUCUGACACUGUGAUAUAAUCAGUGUUGCUCUGAAAGAAUCCACAGUUAAGUGCAUUGUAUGGAAAAUAAUGGUUGUGACUGUCUCAAGUACAGAAACUAACUGCAGGUAGGUACAGAGGGAAAAAAUGUGAUAAGCCAGAGGGAUCGCUGGAAUCCCAUAAUAUUGUAGAGGAAUUGUGUUCAAGUUGGAUGGUGAUUUCUGUUAAAACACAAUGUUAUUAUUUAGUGAAAGAACAUUGUAGGGUUUUUUACUUUAUUGGUUUUGUUUGGAAAAAAAAAAGGUAGUUUUGAGCUGUGUAUGAGUGCACGAGUGUGGUAUGUAACCAGAAUAUUUCAUCUAGCACCUCUGUCCCUAUUUAAAGUACAGCUCUGUGGACUUAAACAACUGUAGUGUGGGUUUGUGUAAGAGCACGUUCCUUGUUCUGGAGUUCAGAUCCUCCAGGCAGCUCCCAGGUACUGAUCUUUGCACAGUGUCCUUGUUUGGGAGCCAGAUCUGCCCUUUUGCUUCCACCGAUGGGUCACGGUUAGGGGGGACCCAAAUCGCCCGUGUGCCAGGGCGAAUUCAGCUGGCACUGCGCCUUGUCCUGUGCUGGUGGAGUUCUGCACCACUGAGUUCCUGAACGCUGCCCGGGAUCGGGAGGUGUAACAGCGUUGCUCUUCGCUAGCCAGAGGCAGGAUUUCUCCUUGCACAACACCCAGAUUUGAUUCCGUAGCUGACCAAACACAAAGAUCCCUGCCAGGGUGAAUCAGUGCACCCUGCGAUCCCAGCCCUGCGUUGACUGAGUUAGAUAGAAGCGCUCGCCAUGGGAAAUACUGAACUAGGAGCAAAGGGAAAGGUGUGCCUGGGCCCGCGGGAGGGAGGAUGUCCCGCCGGGAGUGUGGGAUGGGCAGGGCUCCCGGCGCCCCGCCGUGUACAGAGCAGACCCAGCGGACUCCUCUUGUACAGCAGAUGCUGUUUGAACGUAGUCUCUUUUUUUUAUUAUUAUAAUUAUUUUUAAAUGUGACAUUAACGAGACUUUUUUUUUUUUUUUGUAAAUUGUUUCCCCUUUCUGUGUAUAAAUCCUGGCCGCUCCUUGUUUCAGUUGGUUUUUUUUGGUUUGUUUGGUUUUUUUUUUUUUUACAUGUCCAUGCUGUGUAAUUUUGAGAUGUUACUGAACUUCUGAACAUAAUAAUGUGCAUUUUUUUUUUCUGUACAGAUGAAAUGGGAGAAUUUAAUAAAAAGAGUCUGCAGGUUU